GAAUGUCCACUGUAGAUGCCAGCUGAUUGACCCACUUUCAAAUUCGCGCCAACAGCUGAUUUCAACCGGCUUUAUUUACCUCUUGGACUCGUUCGCAAAUCAUCGCUUAUUGCUCGGCUGUUUGAUCAAUAGUCCCCCGGAAUAGCUCCAAUUGCGGAGGUGUUGAGACACCUUCCGUGUUCGCGGGGCCAUCAUAUCACGCAAUCCCAUCGAGGACAUGCCAUCGCAUCGCGAUGACAAACUUUCUGGAUCAGUUGCCUAAGCACAUCAGGGAAAUCGCGGAGCAGGUUAAUGUCCUCGCGCCGGAGGAGGUGCUCACCACCCCGAAGGUACGAUUCCUGGACACUCGCCAACAAUCGCUACAUACACUCGUGCGAAAAUGCACUCCGGAUGAUGUAAGGGUGCUCAAGGAUGCGGCCGCCAAGUGGCUGGCCGAGAUGCCCCAGGCAGCUGAUUCCCUAUUUAAGCCAUUGGUGAAUGUGCGAUGGUCUCGGGUGUCCUUUGGAUGUCCUGCUCUGGAUCGUUGUACCGGCGGAGGUGUGGUCACUCGGGGAAUAACCGAGCUUUGUGGCGCUGCCGGCGUGGGCAAGUCCCAGUUGCUCCUCCAGCUAUCCCUGUGUGUCCAGCUGCCCACUGAGUUGGGAGGAUUGGGCAGGGGUGUGGCCUACAUUUGCACAGAGGACGCCUUUCCGGCGAGAAGAUUGCUGCAGAUGAGCAAGGCCUGCGAGAAACGACAUCCGCAGGAGAAGCUCAACUUCCUGGGCAACAUCUUCGUGGAACAUCAUUACGAGACCGAAUCACUACUCAAAUGCAUUAGAAAUCGCCUACCCCGACUUAUGCAACAACAAGGCAUUGGCCUGAUCAUAAUCGAUUCCGUGGCCGCCUCAUUCCGUCUGUACACAGAUUUUAUAGAGCGUGCCCGGCAGAUGAGGCGACUGGCGGAUGCCCUGCUCAGCUAUGCGGAUAAGUACAACUGUGCCGUGGUCUGCGUAAAUCAGGUGGCCUCCAGUGGUGGUCAGGAUGAGGUUCCCUGCCUGGGAUUGCAAUGGGCACACCUGGGACGCACCCGUCUGCGAGUUUCACGGGUCCCCAAGUUGCAUCGGAUGGCAGAUCAACUGAUUACAGUCCGCAAACUGGAGAUCCUUUAUUCGCCAGAGACCCCAAAUGAUUUUGCCGAGUUCCUCAUCACCGAAGAGGGCGUGGUGGAUGUUCCGGAGCCACCGCUCACCCGCCCACCAGCUAAAAUGCGUCGCCUGUGAUCGAUUGAAUUUAUUCUGUUUAUAUUGUUUUCGUUUAAUUUGUUGAAUUUAAAAUGUGUAACGGCAGAGCGUUCUGUCAGCCAUAUUGUGGUUUAAUACUCCUAUUAAACUUAGCGGAAGUUAAGAUUAACGACAUUCUUUUAAAUUACGUUC